GAAAUACCAAGGUACUAUUAGUCCAAUCAAGUCAGGCUUCACCUAUCCCCCCCAAAAACCACUCUAUUACGGCGACCUGUUCACGCCCAAGAGGCAAAAGUCGCGUCUUUUUGCGCGUCAGACCGCGACUGUCUCAAUUUUAACGCCCGCCAUCAACUCCUGAAAACCUCCCCGCCAAAUCAAUAACACAACUUCAAGCAAAACCACUCCCAAUACUCGCAAUCGCCCACAAUGGCUUCAGUCAUGAUGUCCGAUGCAAUGUCCGAUAUGGGAGGAAUGUCUAGCAGAAAUGCGACUCCACGUCGUCCUAUUCAAAGGGGUUCCUCUGCCAGACCAAGGGGCCCACCUUCUGAGAGUGUUGCGCCUCUGAGUGAUGAUGAGGGAUUCGCAGAUGAUCAGGUACCACAGGGAAAUGGACGGCCAAAGCGGAAGGACCGCGCGGUCCCUCGUGUUGAAGAUGCGAUCGGCCAAUAUGUCCAGAUCAACUUCGAGGAGUUUCUGGAAAGUUUCGUCGAAGAGCCAUCAGCGUCAGGAGCGCCUCCUUCCAGCGCUGUGACAACAGACAAAUAUUACAUUGCUCAGAUUCACGGCUUAAGAACGUAUCAACUUUCCACCCUCUAUGUUGACUAUACGCAUCUCUCUCAAUACAAGGGCGGUGUACUGGCGGAGGGAGUUGUGGAGGAGUAUUACAGAUUCCUGCCUUUUUUGACAAAAGGCUUGCAUAACAUGAUUGCAAAAUACGAACCAAGAUAUUUCCGUGACCAUCGUCAACCCACAGCGUCAAGCAACCAGACAUCUUCCGGAGCCAGUAACGCUGCAUCGGCAAGUCAAUCUGACUACCAAGGAGAAAAAACGACAAACCAACAGACAGACAAGCUUUUCGCGCUGGCCUUUUACAAUCUGCCUCUUGUGUCUCGCGUUCGUCACUUGCGCACUGCCAACAUUGGACAGCUUCUUUCCAUUUCUGGCACAGUCACCAGAACGUCAGAAGUUCGACCUGAACUGUCCCUUGCGACGUUCAUUUGCGAAGCUUGCAGAAGCACCAUUCCCAAUAUUGAACAGACCUUUCGAUACACAGAACCUACACAAUGUCCGAACGAGAACUGCGGGAAUCGUUUGGCAUGGAGAUUGGAUAUUAGACAGAGCACUUUCGUCGAUUGGCAGAAAGUUCGAGUUCAGGAGAACAGCUCUGAAAUCCCAACAGGAAGCAUGCCACGAACCAUGGAUAUUAUUCUUAGAGGAGAAAUUGUGGACCGAGCCAAGGCUGGAGAGAAGUGUAUUUUCACUGGUGCUUUGAUUGUGGUUCCCGAUGUCAGCCAACUUGGGCUGCCUGGGGUUCGACCGACAGCUGUGCGCGAAAACCAGAAUAGAUCUGGCGAUGCAAGCGGAGUAACAGGUCUCAAAGCUCUCGGUGUUCGAGAUCUUACUUACAGGCUCGCUUUCUUGGCCUGUAUGGUCACACCCGAUACUUCUACCAAAGGAUCAUCUGUGAGCCAGCAAUUGAAUCGCCAGUCGAACAAUAUUCUCGCCUCCCUUAAUCAAACAGCUCCCAUCGACCCCAACGAGCCCGGAGACCAUGCUCAAGAAGCUGUUCUAGCAUCCAUGACCCAUGCCGAAAUCGAGGAUCUCAGAAAGAUGGUUCACAGCGAUCACAUUUACUCUCGACUCGUCAACUCUCUCGCACCCAUGGUUUAUGGCCACGAGAUCGUCAAGAAAGGCUUGCUACUCCAGUUGAUGGGAGGUCUAAGUAAAACAACCCCUGAAGGAAUGUCUCUCCGUGGCGAUAUCAACAUUUGCAUUGUCGGCGAUCCUUCAACUUCGAAGUCUCAAUUUUUGAAGUAUAUUUGCUCCUUCUUGCCUCGUGCUGUGUACACAUCUGGAAAGGCUUCUUCGGCAGCCGGUCUUACAGCCGCGGUUGUUAAGGAUGAGGAGACUGGAGAGUUCACAAUCGAGGCCGGAGCGUUGAUGCUGGCAGACAAUGGCAUUUGUGCUAUUGACGAGUUCGAUAAAAUGGAUAUAAGCGAUCAAGUUGCAAUCCACGAAGCUAUGGAACAGCAAACCAUUUCCAUCGCAAAGGCUGGUAUUCAAGCCACUUUGAAUGCGAGGACUUCCAUUCUGGCAGCAGCAAACCCAGUCGGGGGUCGAUACAACCGAAAGACUACCCUCCGAGCUAACAUUAACAUGUCUGCUCCUAUCAUGUCUCGUUUCGAUCUGUUCUUCGUCAUCUUAGAUGAGUGUAACGAGAGUGUUGACAGACAUCUUGCUGAGCAUAUUGUCGGCAUUCACCAACUACGUGACGAAGCUGUUCAGCCAGAGUUUACCACCGAACAACUCCAACGAUACAUACGAUUUGCAAAAACCUUCAAGCCAGAGUUCACUCCCGAGGCUAAAGAAGUUCUUGUUCAGAAGUACAAGGAGCUCAGAAGUGACGAUGCACAAGGAGGUAUUGGACGAAACAGCUACAGAAUUACUGUCCGCCAACUCGAGUCUAUGAUCCGUCUUUCUGAAGCUAUCGCGAAGGCCAAUUGCGUCGAAGAAAUUGUCCCAAGUAUGGUUAUUGAAGCUUUCAAUCUACUCCGACAGAGUAUCAUCUCCGUUGAAAAAGACGAUGUGGAGGUUGAUGAAGAUGACGAGGAAGCUCUGGGUCCGAACGGUACCAAUGGCCGCCGCAGAGACACCGAUGGAGACUCGCCGAUGGCCGACGGCAAUGAUGAGGAUGAGGAUGGAGCCGAUGCACCAAAUAGUGGUGCAGGAGCCAAUGGCGCAACUCCAGCUCCAGUCAUUGGGGAGAGACCAAAGACAAAGAUCACAUACGACAAGUACAUCAGUGUGGUUAAUCUCUUGGUCCAGAGAGUCAACGAGGAUGAGAAAGCACAAGGGGAAGGCGUUGAUGGUGACACUUUGGUCCAAUGGUACUUGGAACAGAAAGAGGAUGAGCUAUCGGGUGAGGAUGAUUACCAUGCAGAGAUGGCAUUGACAAAAAAGAUUAUCAAGAGAAUGGUCAAGGAAAAUAUUCUGAUGGCUAUCCGGGGCCAAGGAUUGGUUGGUGAGGACGAGGAGGGCAGCUCAAGCACUGCAGAGCAGAUCGUCUACGUCCUCCAUCCGAACUGUGCGGUUGAGGAGUACUGAAUGUGAGAUAUGAGGAAUUACAUGUAUGGAUCACGCAAAGUAUGACUAAUGCGGUGGUGGGUCGGAAUGGAUACCAUGGUUUCUGGUAGGGGUGUAUGGCGCUAUACUUUAGAGCUAUGUUGUCCGUAUUCAAUGACGAAGAGUCUAAUGAAAGCCAAUUACGUUAAGAGGGCUGUAUCACAGCCUCGGCUUGUCUUUCCUGUCCGCGCUUGAUUUUUCAGAUGAGUUUUUGUCGGCCUUCACCAGAAAGCUCAAGGUUCUGCCCCUGGUCAGGGAAAAUGGACGCAGUUGCUCAUAUAACGCCAUUGUCAAGAUUCAAUUACAGUCUUUUCUUCCGAGCAACAGCAAUGGCAUGCGGCAAUUUGUUGGUUCUGUAGCCGUAUCACAUCGAUUCUGAUUUUCCCUAUUCCCCUAUUGAUGAGAGCGACAUCGGGUCUAUUGCUCACUUUCAUGGGUUUGAUUGGGCUUUCUCUCUUUGGCCUUGCACAAGCCGGCAUUGCAUGCAUGAAGCCGCAAUUUUCACCUCGCGUCAACGUCGUGAGCCGGAUGCAUGAAGUCACUUGGCCAGUUUUGAAGAGACAUUUCAGAUUCAGAGAUACUCUCAUCAUGUCGCUUUCCGCUAGAGGACAAUACUAAAUGAAAGCUUCUGAGAUGUCUACACUCAACAUUCCUUUCUCAAAGUGGUGGAUAAAAAGCAUUACUUUCAACGAAAAUGUCAGUCUAAGCGGACGAUAAUUCAGUCAUGGGAUCAGCGCCAUUCAUCGGACGUGCUUCAGUUUCCCAGCCCGACCGGGAAAGUAUUAUCUCUCGAUGCUCUUGUCGGGUAGGACCAUCGACGUGUCAAAGGCACGCUUCUCCUGUUCGCGUAGCCCUCUGUAACACUACAACGGAGGCCUUAUCUUGUCCUACACUUCCUCUCUCGGGUUUUUGUUCUGCUUGCUGUCUCAACCUCGAGCUUCGGACUACUCCUAAAUAUCCUGCUCAUAUGUUGCCCUUCAUGCACUCAUGGAUGUUUUGCUUCGCUCCUCCUCGAAGUUUGUGCUGUCUUCAUUUUCAGCCAGUUUUACAUCGCAGUGAGAGUUUACCGCCAUGUUGUCGGAG